AUGAAUCCGGCAAAAUACCUUACACCUCAAUUAAAGACACUCUACAGGAAAAGAAGACAGGAGGUUGAACUACGGAUUGUGAAGGCAAUAACUGCGAAGCUAAUUGAUUGUAAGAUGGAUCAGAUGAACCAAGUUGUCAUUCUAAGGCCAGUUGCAUCAGUAGAAACCUUUUAUUUUUAUGUCUGUGUAUGCUCAUUCAUUCAUAAUUUGAUGCCUUACUCUCAGCCGCCUUCUCAAAUUCAUGGCAAUGCUGUUAAGAAGAGGUCGGAGCGCAAGUACUCCAAAAUCUCUGAUGAUUACUCCUCUUUGGACCAGGUAAGCUCAGUCUCUAGUUUGCUUCUUUAG